CCCAUUCCCUAGGGAAAGCAAACGAAAAUUAAAAUUUAAUAAAAAUAAUUAGCUGCGUUGUUCCGUUUCGACACAGAGAGAGAGAGAGAGAGAGAGAGAGAGCAGGAAAUCGGUAAGGCAGCAGGCAGCAGCGGAGAGAUAUGAUGAAGAAGAAGAAAGGCCGUCCCUCUCUCUCUAACCUCCGUAAGCGCAACCUCGACCAACAAGAACAAGAACAAGAAACCCUAAUUCCUCCCAACCCUAAUUUCAACACCCCCGGCAGCCGUCGAUCUAAACCCAAUACUAAUAACCUCAACGGAAUCUCCCCCGGUUCCGACUGGAUUUCCGGCGACGACGACGACGACGAGCGCAAGGAGAAAAAGGUCAAACUCGUGGUUCGCCUUCCUUCUCUGUCCGUGAAUUCGGCUUCUAAAUCCAACGGCUCCGAUUUGAACGCCGACGGUGAUAAACCCCAGAUCAAUGACAGAUCUGGCGACCUCUCCACUGCUGAUCAGGUUGAAAUGGAUGAGAAAGCGACGGACAUUCUACAUGGGUUGCCGUUGGAGUCUGGCCCCACACCACCUUUGCCAGAGAAAAAGUUGUUGGUGUUCAUUCUUGACAGGCUUCAAAAGAAAGACACUCACGGGGUCUUCUCAGAGCCUGUUGAUCCCAACGAGCUUCCUGAUUACCAUGAAAUUAUAGAGCACCCAAUGGAUUUUGGAACGGUGAGGAAGAAACUUGACAAGGGGCGUUAUUCCAACUUAGAGGAAUUUGAGGCAGAUGUGUUUUUGAUAUGUUCAAAUGCAAUGCAGUAUAAUUCUCCAAAUACCAUUUACUUUCGACAGGCACGGUCCAUACAGGAGCUAGCAAAAAGGGACUUCGAAAAUUUGAGACAAGUCAAUGAUGAUGGUGUACCACAACCGAGAAUAGUGAAGAGGGGCAGGCCACCUGGCAAGAAUUUGAAGAAGCUUCUGGGAAAUCCUCCAUUUGAACGUGUUGCUCCCGAGUCUACCUCUGAUGCAACUCUUGCUAGUGUGGGAGAUAAUGCGACUGGGUCCAACUCUUACAAUCUUAGAAAAGCACCUACUGUGUCAUUGAGAGUUCGGUCCAAUGAUGAAUUUUUGGGGGCCUCCCAUCUAUCACGCAAUUAUGAAAGUUACUCUGAAUGGUUGUCUGAAUUGAAUAGUGAAUUUCCAGCUUCCGUUUUGAAGGCAGAGGCAAAACAUGGGAAGAAACAAACUAUUGUAGACGAGAACAGACGUGCCACCUACAGAGAUUUCCAUCCUUCAGCUUUUGGCCAUAACCAAUCUCCAUUGACUACUCUCAAUGGAAACACGAAGCAGUUAGUGCCGGUGGGUCUACAUUCUGAGCAUGGUUAUGCAAGAAGCCUAGCUCGAUUUGCUGCAAAUCUUGGGCCGGUUGUUUGGACUAUCGCUUCCAAGAAAAUUGAGCGUGCUUUGCCAAGUGGAGAAAAGUAUGGUCCUGGAUGGGUAGGAGAAUAUGAGGCAUUACCGCAGCCACGCUCUGCAUUACAUGAGCAGAAUUCUUUGCCUUGCAGAGAAGACACGGUUGAAGCUUCUAGUGUACAAGAUUCAAAUAACGUAUCAGCUUUAUCGAGGAGUGGUGCUGGUGAAAUAUCCCAUAGAUUACCCAUCCAGACUCAGCAGAAACACAUGCUUCACUCUAAUCGGAAUGGCUUCAAUGGUGUGUCGGCUUAUGGUCUUUUGUCUCAAACGGUACAAGCAAACUUAUCCAUGCCCACUGGACAGUCUCAGUUGGAUGAACUUUCCAGAAGCAAAAACGGGUUUUCAACUCCUCCAAUGGUUCCAAAUCAUUUAAUUUCAGAAUCCAAGUUACCUGAUAGUUCAAGAACUGCAAAAUAUGAAAAUAUUUCUGGGGUGCAAGCUUGGCAGGGAUUGCCAUCGCAACAUAGACAGUACUCGUUUCCAGUUCAACCUGACCUGAAUGUUAGGUUUCAGGCUCCCGGUUCACCGGGUUCUAGUUUCCGGAAUGAUUCUCCGCAGCAGCCAGAUUUGGUAUUGCAGCUGUGAGUUGAGAUUUGGUAUUGUUUCUUACUAUUUGACUUGGGAACGAUAGGAGAGAGGUUAUGCAGCUUCUCGGAAUAAUUUAUAAGUUGUAUUCUCCCAUUUGUUUCAAGUCAUCAUACCUUGAUUUUGGGAGAAACCAUGUACAGAUUAAUGUACCAAUUUUUUAAGUUGAAACCACAGAAUCCUAAUUCAUGUUGAAAAAGAAAAUCUUAUUUGUAAUC